AUGUCGCUGCACUACCAUGUUUUCCUCUUUCCGAAGGAUGGCCUACUCAAGGAGCCAUUAUCAGCCACUAGCACGCAAGGCCAGGUUCCGCCACUCGGGGAAGCACAAGACGAGGUCGAGGAGCCCAAAAAAAUCGUGUUGCCAAUGUUAAUGUACUCGUCAUCCACAAGGCGGUGGGAGGACCGAGAGUUCACUCCUGGGCGUUAUGCCCCAGGGUACCUCUACGACAUGGUUUGCAGAAUGCCUGAGACUUACGACGGUGCAUUUCAUUCAUCUAAUUACUGGAGCGGCUGUGCACUGAUACAUUGCCACAGUAGUAUCCUUGUGAUCCUACGCCCUUUCGAGGGAACUUAUGAUAUGGUCCAGCUUCCCGGGGAACCCUGUGGUCCAAGAAGCUGGUACUCGAUGCCCAAAAAUCGGGUCUUAGAAAGCUAUGAGAGAGGGAUACAUUAUGUGGCGACUAACAAUACACAACUUCGAGUAUGGAUGCUAGCCGAAUUGGCGGAUGGACAACUAGGUUGGACAUUAUCACAUGACGCCAACCUCAACUUGCAUGGCCAUAUGAUUUGCACUCUUAAAAUACAGCCCAAGGUGACAUGGAGGAUUUUUGGAAGCAGCGGCGGACCUGUUAGCUUGACCGAUAAUGAUGCAGAGGACGAUUGGGCCACACCAUAUCACUCUGAAUAUUCCUGGAACUCGGAUGAGGACAACUUCAUCGACAUGGUUGGAGGCGCCGACCACCAUGAGUUGGUAGAACAGCGUACCUACUGCUGUACAUUGGGAUUCCAUCCGCACAAGAAUGCGCUCAUCCUCAUUCUUAACGGCGUGGUGGUAGUGUACCAUCUUGACACGUCAAGGAUGCAGUAUCUAGGCGACGGGGACGAGUUUUGUAAAGACCGCAUGGGACCAGCUUGCUGCAUUGAGGAUUCGUUCAUUUACCGACCUUGCUAUAAGGACAUACUGCCAACAGGGAAAUUAUCCAUGCCGCUUUAG